GGCGGCCCCGCGCGCGACCCGCGCACCGGAAGUGGACGAGGCUCAGGGGCCGGAAGUGGCGGCUGCGGAGGGGGCGGUGCGUGGCCUGUUGUGAUCGUGGGAGGCGGUGGCGGCAGCGGCUCAAGAUGUCGAUCGAAAUCGAGUCCUCCGAUGUGAUCCGGCUGAUCAUGCAGUACCUGAAGGAGAACAGCCUGCACCGAGCCCUUGCCACCCUCCAGGAGGAGACUACUGUGUCUCUCAAUACUGUGGACAGUAUUGAGAGCUUCGUGGCUGACAUAAACAGUGGGCAUUGGGACACAGUGCUGCAAGCCAUACAGUCUCUGAAGCUGCCUGACAAGACUCUCAUCGAUCUCUAUGAGCAGGUUGUACUGGAGCUGAUUGAGCUCCGGGAACUAGGUGCUGCCAGGUCUCUCCUGAGACAAACAGAUCCCAUGAUCAUGCUGAAACAAACUCAGCCAGAGCGGUAUAUUCACCUUGAAAACCUUCUGGCCAGAUCUUACUUUGAUCCUCGUGAGGCAUACCCAGAUGGAAGUAGCAAAGAAAAGCGGAGAGCUGCUAUUGCACAAGCUUUAGCUGGAGAAGUCAGCGUGGUACCUCCAUCUCGUCUUAUGGCAUUGCUGGGGCAGGCGCUUAAAUGGCAGCAGCAUCAGGGCCUGCUUCCUCCUGGUAUGACAAUUGACUUGUUCAGAGGCAAAGCAGCUGUGAAAGACGUAGAAGAAGAAAAAUUCCCCACACAACUGAGCAGACAUAUUAAGUUUGGGCAGAAGUCACAUGUGGAGUGUGCUCGGUUUUCCCCAGAUGGGCAGUAUCUGGUUACAGGCUCUGUUGAUGGUUUCAUUGAAGUAUGGAACUUCACUACUGGAAAGAUCAGGAAGGAUCUGAAGUACCAGGCACAAGAUAAUUUUAUGAUGAUGGAUGAUGCAGUGCUGUGCAUGUGCUUCAGUAGAGAUACAGAAAUGCUAGCAACUGGAGCACAAGAUGGAAAGAUCAAGGUGUGGAAAAUCCAGAGUGGUCAGUGUCUGAGAAGAUUUGAACGAGCACAUAGUAAAGGUGUUACAUGCCUCAGUUUCUCUAAAGACAGCAGCCAAAUUCUUAGUGCUUCUUUUGAUCAGACAAUAAGGAUUCAUGGUUUAAAGUCUGGGAAAACUUUAAAAGAAUUCCGUGGUCAUUCUUCAUUCGUCAAUGAAGCUACUUUUACCCAGGAUGGCCACUAUAUUAUCAGUGCAUCCUCUGAUGGCACAGUGAAGGUUUGGAAUGUGAAGACAACAGAGUGCUCAAACACCUUCAAAUCUCUUGGCAGCACUGCUGGAACAGACAUCACUGUGAACAGUGUCAUUCUGCUGCCUAAAAACCCUGAACACUUCGUUGUUUGCAACAGAUCAAAUACAGUCGUCAUUAUGAAUAUGCAAGGACAAAUUGUAAGAAGUUUUAGCUCUGGUAAAAGAGAAGGUGGUGACUUCGUUUGCUGUGCGCUUUCACCUCGUGGUGAAUGGAUCUACUGUGUUGGUGAAGAUUUUGUGCUAUAUUGCUUUAGCACAGUGACCGGCAAACUGGAGAGAACUCUGACAGUUCAUGAAAAAGAUGUCAUUGGCAUUGCUCAUCACCCCCACCAGAACCUGAUUGCCACUUACAGCGAAGAUGGCCUCCUCAAGCUGUGGAAGCCGUAACUUGGUUUUACAAUGAGCUGUGAAGCAUGCCUGCUAGUUGCAGGUUAUUGGUGUUUGUGCUUUGAUGAGGUCUAAAUGCACAGAGUGUGAUACUUGCUCAAUUUUCAGUUCGGGUUUCCAGGGAAUGAUAUUCUUCUUUCUUGGUCUAAAGUUAGGUAAACAUAGCUGAUGCUUAAAUACAGCAUCAGUUAAUUUCAAAUACUUUUAUUUUUACCAGAGUAGCUGAUAAAAAGCAACCUCAGCGAGAGUUUUUUUUCUGUCUCUGAAGUCUGUACUCUUCCUACAGUGUUUAUAAAAGUUGAACAAGCUAGGAACUAUAUACACCUAAGAGUGGUUGCUGGCUUCAUAGAAUACAGUAAAAUGCUUUUUAUAUUUGAGUGGAUUCUGAGAAAUGGGAAAGCUGUCUCUUCUCCACUGCUGAAACAAAGCAUGGUUUUCAUGGAAUGCAGGCGAGGUUACUCUGUCCUGAGCUUGAAGGCAGAGGCUUUUCUAGUCCAGUGGGUUUUGCUGUGUUAAAUUUUUACUAUAAUUUUUCCAGUUACAUGUGUUAAGUAGUGUCACACAGCUUCCUUGGAACAAAACUAUUCUUCCCCAUCUCCCAGCACUUCCUGCUAUAAAAUUGCCUAAUGUGGCAUUGAGAUACAGUUGGGGUUUUGUUUUUUUGUUUGUUUAUGUGUGGGGUUUUUUUUGGGGGGUGUUGAAGUGGGAUGGUUUUCCCUUUUUUUUUUUUCUUUUCUUUUCUUUCUUUGUUUUACUUUGCUUCCAAGCUAAAAGGAAUUAUUACCUGGGCCCUCUUCCUAUAUUAAGUGCAUAGUGUCUUCAGACCAGCGUUAACUGAAGCAGGCCUUGGGAUCAACAUGCAACAGCUGUUUCACAUCAGCCAAGUUUGUAAUGUGAUGCUGCAUGUGCUACAGUUGUCUUGUUUUCCAGUUUACUCAAUUUAGCUUCCUGUUUCAUUGAAAGGGCAUGGCAUACUUAAGCUUUAAGUAAUUAUUUUAAGAUUUUUUUAAAAAAUAUUCGUAUACCCAUGGACCUAGUUAAAAGUGAUGUUUAAGUCCCACACUAUGACAAAGAAAGUUUGGGGUUCUUCAGUUUAGUGCAGGUGACGAUUCCAUUUGCGAUCCCAACUGAUGCACGUUGUUGUGAAUAUAGACUAGAAUAUCCAGCAGUCUGACCACAGUUUUUCAAGGAUGCAGCAAAAAAUAAGAUUUUUGUCUAUAGUGAUGAGGCAAUUGCACGUAGAUUAGAAUCUGCUGCACUGUUUCCUGUCCUGAUCUCUCGUAGUAUGCUUUCCUGCUACCGUCAUCUUUCAGAUGAUCAUAACUUCUCUUUGACUUAAUAAAUUAGUUCCAGUUUAAAUAACCUCAUGAUUUUUUUCAGCUGAAGGGCUUGAUCCUAAUGCAGGUGUGGGUUGUCAGCUGGUGACUGACCUCCUUCAGCACUGGACUGGUCUCUUCAUGUUGUUCUAAGGGGAUGCAGAAAAAUUUCAGCUUAACUUCUCAUGUAGCAUUGCUUCUUUGCUACCACUGUAGUGUUUGGUUCUAUAUUUUGCUGUAGUGUUUUAGUUCCUAAGUGGUUUUUUUUUUUUUACUUCUUACAUAACAGCAAUAAAAUCAAUUUUACAUAGCAAAAAGUGAUUAUUUUUCCUGCCUGAAAUCAGUGGUGUGUCAGAAACAUCUGACAGUAAUACAUGUGACAAGCUCCAUUGGCAGUUAGUACUUUUGAUACAGGAGAAGAUCUUGACAAAGUAUUUUUAAUAUUAUCUAGCACGUGGUUAAUUUUGCCUUCAGAUAACACAGAACUGCUAAUCCUCAAGGUAAACUAUAUCUUACAUUGUUCUUUAAAAGAAAAGUAGUUGUAGCAAAUAAAACUCAGAAUCCUGAAUGUUUAAUGAUUGAAAUAGAUUCUCUAGCUUAAUGUGAGAAAGUCUGGUAUUUCUUAUCCUUUUUAUUUAAGAGUUUCAGAUUUUAUUGAUGCAAGUAUUCAAGACAAAAAAGCAAAAUGUACUAGUACUUCUGGAAGGAUAAUGGUAAAAUUCACCUCCUGGGCUGCAGCUGUAAUGUGUAAAGUAGCUGGUGGCUGGCACAGAAGUACAAUGAUUAUCUUGAAAAUGUUGAUUUUUUUUAGAAUCAAAAUGUAAUUUUUUUUAAUGUAACUGUUACUUUUUUUUAAUGUAAUCUAGGAAGACAUUUUCUCUCUGAAGAAUCAGCCAGGUGUUGUGCCACUUACCUGUAUGUAAGACUUGAACAAGGCAACAUCUAGUGCUUUAACUAUUAUUAAAGAAAGCAUUGUUCAGCCAUGGGCCUUGUUUUAUGCUUGAAUUAUUUUACUUGGAGAUGGCAAGUUCCGUUGUGCAUCGAGGAGAACAAAAUUCUUUGCAAGAGGAGCACUGUGUGAUGAAGGUCUUAUAGGUCAGUUUAUCGUCCUCUUUCUGGAUCAAUGGAUUUCACCCUUGCUUGGGUGGAAUCUGCUCCCUCUCUGUGUGUGCUUGCAGAAUGUAUGCAGAAGAGCUACUGCUAUCUCAGAAAAAAAUAAGCAAGCUUAGGUUCCUGCACGGUUCUGCAAGUGGUAGGUGUAGCAUAUUACCCCAAUAAUAUUAAAGAAAAAAAAAAUUAUCCAAGUAAUGUGGGGCUGUAGAUGCAGGUGUGAUCCUGCUGUGAUACCGCCAACAGCUUGCCCCUGCAAAAUAAUAUUAAACUCUCCCUUGAAUUGCUAGUAAGAUUUAGUGAGACCAGAUGAAAUCUGAAGACCUGAUCUUGAAAAGAGAAGAUUGUUUAUGAAUAUCUUAUAGGGCAGCCGAAUUCUUAUGAGGUCUGAGAAACUAGACAAUCCUGUGGGUGCCUGGCAGCCCCUGUGAAUCCGUGAUUGUGCACGUUGCUGAGGAUUUUGAACCAUGAGCUUGGGAGAGAGGGCCUGCCUCUGAUUCCAGGCAGCUUGAUAUCACCAGUUUCAGUUUGAGAUAAGAGAAAAUAGGUAGCAGAGAUCUACAGGAAAUGUGGUGCUAAAGGUCAAUUAUAAAUGGCCUUGAAAAUAUGGCUUCUCUUCACUUUCUGCCUAGUGUCUGCAGGUGUUCCAGGAAUCCUUAAGCUGGCUUACUGCAUCUCCAGUUCCUGCAUGUCUCUGUGUGUUCAUUGGAGAGCUGUAAAUAAACCUUACAACCUGGAUCAUGGCAGUUCGUGAGACACAGGCUGAACCAACUUUGAUCUGAAUGUCAGCAGGGAAAAACACAGACUUUAGGUGAAUCCUGAGGAAAAAGGUGGCUUGCACGCUUUAUUUCAGGGGCUUUAUUUCAGUAGGAACUGCAUGUGGGAGUUCUUUGGCACCUCAUGGAGUAAGGUACAUGGAGAUAGAUGCUGUUGAAAUGAAGGGAGCCUAGCAAUUUUACCUUUAACAGGUGCUGCUUGCAUUAUGAAGGGGGUUAACGAAGCCCUCUUCAGUUUCCUUGUGUCCCUUAACCUAUAUAACUGCCCCCUGUGUAGUAAGUUCUGAUACUGCCUCUUCUGUGUUGGGCAGGAAAUGGGAGCCAGGCACAUGCUCCCUUUCCUGAAGCUUUGUAAGCCAAAUCAAGUAAUAAGUGAUCUUUCAGGUUUUAGUCACAGAAUGACAGGAUGUCUGAGGUUUAAGAUGACCACCUCCUUGGACAGCCUGUGCGGGUAUUCAGUUACUCUCCCUGUAAAAAGUGUUCCCUGAGGUUCAGUGGGAACCUCCUGUAUUUCAACUUGCGCCAACUCCCUCUUAUCCUGUCACUGGACAUCAUUGGAAAGAGCCUGGUUCUGUCUCUUUGCACCCUCCCUUCAGGUAUUUAUGCACAUUGAUGCAAUUCUCCUUUGGGCUUCUCCAGGCGUAACAGUCCCAGCUCUCUCAGCCUUUCUUCAUAGCAGAGGUGCUCCAAACCCUUCAGGCACAUUUGUGGCCCUCUGUUGGACUCUCUCCAGUAUGUCAAUGUCCUCCUUGUCCACAAUCAGACAAUACUCCAGGUGUGGCCUCAGCGCUGAGUAGAGGGGAAGGAUUAUCUCCCUCAACUUCCUGGCAACCAGGAUACCAUUAGCCUUCUUUUCAAACAGCAGUUGAGUCUGGCGAGAAGUUCUUUGUUCACCUCCUGGCGUUUUUGCCUGACAUCCUAUUCAGUGGAGUGGACUGUUCUUGAGCCUGGAGGCUGUGAUCGUUGAAUAUUAACCAGUAUUCUUGGGCCCCUACUUCCUCCAAGGCAACAUUCCAUGCUAUGCUUCCAAGAAGACCUUUGAAGAGACCAGUCUGCUCUCUUUAAGUGCAUGGCUGGGAGCUUUUUAACCUCCUCCUUUCUCUUAGGAUCCUGAACUCCCACCAUCUCAUGGUCACAGUAGCCAAGGCUACCUUUGACCUUCACAGUCUCA